CCGUCGUCCUCGUCGUCGCCGCCGCCGUCGUCGUCGUCGUCGUCGUCGUCGUCGUCGUCGCUGUCACUGUCAUUGACAUCGUCACAGUCGUAUCUCGUAUACGUUACGGUUCUCUCGCGAUUACGCGUCACUCUCGUCCAGAACCUGGUGUAGUCAUCUCGGUCUGUUUUCCGUUUGUUGUGGCAUGAAAGCGUCGUCUUCGUGAGCCAGUGAACAAGUUACUUGUCGACGAGCCUGCGCGACAUCGUCGCCGUCAGUGCAACGACUGUUGCUGUUGUUGUCAUUGUUCUUGCUAUUCGUCGUUGUGCACUUGACGAGCUAACACGAUUGAAUAAAACGUUUACGUGAUGGAUGGGUGAAAAUAUAAUAUGCACGUUGUGAAUUGAAAGUUUGUUAUGGACACAGAAGUUCACGUGCGUGUGAGGACUGAAGAGAUCGUGCGGCCCGAUCCGCUCCAAGACGCGCGAUACAUUUUUGCAGUGACAAGCAUCGCAGGACGCCAACUUGGCGCAAGUUUUAAGUAAAUCGUUCACACUCCGCGAUUGUGGAUCAUCGGAGGAUCUGCGAAGGUUCACCAGGAGGAUCGCAAGAAAUCAUUCAACAUGCAUUGAAGCCUUAUUUGACGCUCGAUCGUUCGAGUCGUAUCGAUAUUCGCCAGCGGGCGAAUACGCAGCGAUACGGCGACGUGAACGUCCACGGCACGGAGCACAUCGCUGACGACCAGGACGUGCCAGAGUGUCUCGUCGUCUCUACGAAUCGUAGGAAGAACAGGGACGCGCGUUUCCGACCAUCCAUGGACCACGGAGCGAUGGACAGCUCUUCCGAUCACAGCAGUCGUGCCAGUCCCAUAACCGGCAGCCCAAAACCACACAGCCCGUCGACGCAGCAGAGCCAGCAACAGCAGCAGCUCCACGGCAGUCAGCACCAACCGCCGUCGUCUCAUCAGCAAUCGCACGGGCGUGAUCAGAUCCGCGAUCAUCAUCAGCAGCAGCAACAACACCGCGGUGUGCCGACACCAGGUUCGCCCACGCGAGGUUCGCCACCCCAGGGCCUUCCUCUGAGUCCACCGCCACUGUCGGCCGGGGGAGGCCCCGGGGCACCGCCGGGUAUGGUGCCUCGCAUGCCGGGACUACCGCCGCCAGGAUUGGGGCUGUUGGGCCAGCUCGGCGGUAUGCUGAGCGGACACCACAGCUCGCCGCUGGAGCUGAUGGCGGCCCACCACGCGGUUUUGCCGCCCAGAUCCUACAACAGUCCACCGCCGAUCAGCACCAGCGAUCCCACCGCCAACGAGUGCAAGCUGGUCGAUUACCGUGGUCAGAAGGUCGCGGCGUUCAUCAUCGCCGGCGACACGAUGCUCUGCCUGCCACAGGCCUUCGAGCUGUUCCUCAAACACCUCGUGGGCGGCCUCCACACGGUCUACACGAAACUCAAGCGGCUGGAUAUCGUGCCGUUGGUGUGUAAUGUCGAGCAAGUUAGGAUCCUACGCGGCCUCGGAGCCAUCCAGCCCGGCGUCAAUCGGUGCAAGCUGCUCAGCUGCAAGGACUUCGAUGUUCUUUAUAGGGACUGCACCACGGCCAGCUCCAGGCCAGGAAGACCCCCAAAACGAGCUUCCGUUGGACUGAGCCUCGCGGCCAGCCACCUCGCCGCGGCGGCUGGCCAUCAUCCUCAGCACUCGCUGAAGAAGCACAGGAUGGACAACGGCGACUAUUACGAGAAUGGACACCUCGACGUGCCGAGGAUGGAGAAGUCACCGCUUCUGGCGAACGGCUACAAUCACCCGCCCACGCAUCUGAGUCACAUGCAAUUUAUGCAGCUCGGCGGGCACCCGGGUGCGGGACACACCGCGAUCCUGUCACCGGCCAGCCUGCCACAUCACCUGCAGGCGCAAGCACAGGCUCGGGCCGAGCAGGGUCUCAAGGUUAACCCGAAUAUGACCAACAUGGAAGCCCUCGCGAGGUCUGGGACGGUUUGGGAAAACUGCCGAGCUGCCUACGAAGAUAUUGUCAAACAUCUCGAAAGGCUCCGCGAGGAAAGGGGCGACGCCGAGAGAGCACUGGCUUUGGACCACAAACCCAGGGACCUCAGCUCGCACAAUGGGUCCUCCAAUGGUCACAGCCCGGUCUUAAACCUCUCAAAAACCGCGGGAAGCGGAAGUGUGGGCGAGCAGUCCGGAAGUGAGGCCGGCGCGUCGCAUCGUUCGCAAGACGACGAGGAGGAGGACGAUAAUCUGUCGGAGGACCUCGAGGACGACAACGAAAAGGACGAAGAUCUGUCGGACGUGCCGGAGAACCUGCCAUUGCCGGCGCCGGGCUCGGAAAGUCCUCCCCAGGCCCUAAACUACUCGCAGAUAGCCUCGGCGGCGGUCGCCGUGUCUCAGGGCGCCCAGGACCCCUCGGUCUCGAGUACGGAGACCCUGCUGAGGAAUAUCCAGGGCCUGCUCAAGGUCGCGGCGGACAACGCGAGGCAGCAGGAGAGGCAAAUCAACUACGAGAAAGCCGAGCUGAAAAUGGACGUUCUUCGGGAGCGAGAGGUCAAGGACAGCCUGGAGCGGCAGCUCCAAGACGAGCAGAAGGUGCGAGUGGUCUACCAGAAACGAUUAAAAAAGGAGCGGAGAGCGAGAAAGCGGCUGCAGGAGCAGUUGGACCUGGAGAUCAAGAGGCGUACACAGUUGGAAGAAGCUCUCAAAGCCACGGGAGCAUCCUCGGAGCAAGUCAGAGCGAUUACCGAGAACGUCACGGCGGAGGCGCGCACGAGUUCGGAGCCGCCCGAGGCUAGUCCGGUGCAUUCCCAGUCACAGCAACAGCCCUCGCAGCAGCAACCGCCGCAGCAACCCCUUCAGCAGCAACAGGCAGCGGCCCAGCAGUACCGAGAGGCGCAAGUGCCGCGUCCUUCUCAGCAACCGUCGACGCCGGAGAAACCCGCAUGGGGAUACGGGCUGGAUCUCAUCGGCAGCCAAGCGUCGGCCUUCUGGCAAAACUAUCAAGAAUCACUGGUGCAGGAACUCGAGCUGGAGAGAAAAUCGCGGCAGCACCAAGCAGCCGAGAGGGACCAAGUCAAGUCUCCUCUUCAAGAAUCGCGAACGGGUUACUACAAGAACUCCGUUCUGUUCACGAGCGCGACCUAGAAGAGGCCGGACGAGGGCAGGCGAGGGCAACAGGCAGAGCGUGCGGCGAGCAACCGAAAUGAGUGAUCGAUCGGACGAAGGAAGCGCGAUUUAACGAAACCGAGGGGAGAGGGAGAGAGAGCGAGCGAGUGGACGAGCACCUGCACAACGAGAAACGGUAAUCUUCAGGAACAAUCCUCGUGAUCGAGAUCGACCGCGCGCGAGAGGAGAGGCGCGCGUACUUCGCAGUUCCGAGUGACGACGGCGACUCGCGCGAGUGUGUCUGCGGAGGUUUCCAGUUUCCGGCGAACAGUGCAAGAACGCGCGAUGCCGAGGGUGCAUCCGAUAGCUGCGUGUCCCAUCGUCGGCAGACGAUGCGAGUGUGUUCCGGGCGGAAUUCGCGCGAGCGCAAACCGACGACCGAAUUCGCCCGAUUUCGAUGAGCGAACGAGGAGCGCGCGCGCUCCCACGCACUUGUAGGGCGUCUAGCGAAGCGUACCCCGAAGAGGGUCGACGAACGAUGGAGGUCGUGGCCCUCGAGCUGAGAUCGGUCCGGCGGAACCCGACCGAAUCUUGAGGACUCGGCGCGGAUUCACCGCCGGUCGCACACAUAUCAACGAUGCGAUCAUUCGCCGCGUCUCCGCGAUUUUCCGAUUCGCAUUCGCGGCGAUCGUAGGAGUCGCGUUCGUUCGAUGACGACGAAGAGAAACGAAUGUUCUCCGUGCGUACCGCAUGUACCAUCGAUCAUCCCAUAUCGUGGAAAAUCGAUACGACCGAUGAUCCUGCGACUCUCGCGGUACCGAGACACUCGCGGAUCUCAGGCGUGGAGAAACGUUAAGAGAAACAUUGUGAGCGACGGGAGAAACAGAGAAAGAGAGAGCGCGAGAGAGAAAGAGAGAGUGUAAGAGAGAGGGAGAGAAAGAGUGAGAGAAAGAGAGAAUACAGAGAGGCAUAUUUCUAAAGACUGCUGGAGAGUGCGUGCGCGCGUGCAUGCGUUCCUAGAGGUACCUAUCUCCUAAUUAUCGAAGCGAUCUAAUUAGCUAAUCGUUUUUAAGGGAUCCCAGGCGAUCGGGCGCGCCAUGCCGCCGUCGCGUGCAUCGCGAUGAGCGCCGAGUAUUUCGAGUAUUAUUAUCAUUAUUAAUAUUAUUAUACGUCGUCGCGGUGGCGCGCGGCCCGAUCCGAUCGCCAUUGCGAAACGAUUGUCGAGUCGCCGGGCCGAACGGCGACCGUUCGUUCGGUGUGUCUUUGAUGUCUCCGGUGUCCAGGGCGGCGCCGAUCCAUAGAUCGUGUACCAUAGAUCGUGUCCGCGUGGACCUCGUAGCGCUCACGUUUAGUCGGACGAGGACUCGACGCGCGUUUCGCACCGCAGCGCCGAGAAUGCGCCGCCUUUUUGUAAAAUGCGCGCGGAGCGCAAAAAGUGACGGGCACUCCUCCGGAUUCGACGCGGAGCGAGAUUAGAACUGCGACUCGAGCGCUGUAUCAUAGAAAACGAGAGAAAGGGAGAGAGAAAGAGAGGGAAUGAAUGAUGCGACGAGAAACAUGAGCGAGAGAGAGAGGGAUGGAUGCAGGGAGAGCAUGCGAGGGAGAGAAAGAGAGGGAGAAAAUGAAAACGGAAGUUGGAGUAAGGGAGAAAGAGAAAGCGAGAGAGAGAGAGAGAGAGGGAGAGAGUGUGAGGGAGAGAAAGAAGACAAGAGUGUAAGAAAGAUGGAGACAACGGAGGAUUCUCUCGUAACGUCUUAAAUUGUAACACCUUAUUUAUAUAAAUAACUUAGUUAAAAACUACCGAAACAAGUAAGUCUAAUCCAUAUUGCGUGUGUCCCGCGUUUGCGUUGACCGCCCGCUUGCGAAAUCCGGCGAAGUAUCUCUUGGCGCGACGUGGAUGCGCGGAGGGUAGAUAGACACAUAAAUAGAAGGAGAACCAGAGGCGGGAGGGUGAACCGAAGAGCGACAGAGCGCAACGACGGAGGCAAAAGGAACAUUUCGGCGGAAACGGCGAGCGCGCCGAACGGCGUGGAGCGAAAAAGGCGCUAAGGAUAUUUCCCCGGGGGCGGUCCCCGUAUUUAAGAUCCAUGUACAAAGUCUUUUGCCGUAAGGUUCUUGUGUUGUAAAGUUCACAUAAUCAUAGUGUCUAGUAUCGUACCAGCUAAAGCCCGUUAAGACGAUGCUAAAACGUAGAGAAACGAAAAUUUAACCACCGAUAGCUGAUCCGUAUUUACCAUCGCCGCUACCGAUCUGAACGGAACGAACCGGAAGGCGACCGAAAAGGACUGACACGGAUUGACAGAUGUGGAUUCGGGUAGCGAUUCCCGCGAUCGAGAACCCGCCAGGAGAUCAUUUGCGAUCGGCAGCGCUGCCGAUCGCGACGACAACCCUGCUGACGCCAGACAGUACAAAUUAAAUUUCGAGGGUAGAGAUCGGCGGACCGAUUCGGAUUUUCGGAUGAUGCGAGAGCAACGUGGUGAUCGAUCUAUCGGCACGAUCAUGCACAAAACUUCCACUGUAGAUAAAGAACGGCGGUGCUCGAUCGAGGGAAACGAUACCGCGUUGAGCGGAGAGUGAAGGGUGAUGUACGCGAGAAAAGAGAAAAGGAAGUGUGAAGUUUGCGGUGCGGGGGUUGGAAAUGAGGGAGAACACUGUCGUGUCGCCACUGCGAAUCACGGCGACGGUAACUAGCGACGCCAAUUUUGCGACCGGACUUAUACAAUCUAGUAUCGAGGCAAGAAGUGUAUUCAUUGUAAUUCAGCAUUAUUACCUAUAAAUAAAUAGUUGUUAUUGUA